UCUGAGGCACCAAUCCUUGACGAUGUCUCAAGACUGGACCCUAAGAUGAAGCUGUCUAAUUCAAUACUCUUGGUAGCUUACUUUGAUCCUGGAAAGGAAGGGGGAAGAAGCCAGAACAAGAAGGUGGGAGGAGGGGAAGGAGUACAAGCCAGAAGGUGAUAAAUAAAGCCAGGUAAGCUACAGUGGAUUUUCAGAGCAUUAGACUGCCCAUGUAGUACACUUCAGACUGAUGAAAGGUACCCAGGCUGACGGCGGAAGAUGAUGGAGAAGGCCGAGAAUCAGUCUCCUCCCACCACUGGAGAUUCUCACAGCCCUAUGAAGGUCGAGCCAGGGCAAAUUAUUGACUCCCCCACUAAUGAGGGAGACAACGUGGAUGUCACAACCCCACCUUUGGGAUCUACCAUUGGGGAUGUCACUCAAUCAAACAAACAGGACGCACCAGAACCGGUUUCCAUGGAAACCCCUCUGAGCUCUUCAGAAGGCCUCCCGUUGGAGGUGCCAGUGAUCAGCUUGGGACACAGCAAGAUCCACACUGUUAACGACGGUCACCAGAUCAACGGAGGGGUUAGGACCAUACAGACCACCGAGCUGACUGCCCUGUGCCCCAUCCUACCUCUCAUCUCAAGCUCGGACAGCAGGAUGGUGCAUCUUUCACACCACUCCAUGUCGCCACUCCCAAUGCAGAGUCCACUCAUUGGCUCACAGUAUCGUGCGCAUCCUUUGAUCAACAGUGCCUAUAUUGGAACUACAAGCACGUUCAGUAUAUUUCCAAGCAGCAGAGUCAAAAGGAGAUCAUCAAGCCAUUACGAAAUGGAGAUGCAUGAAGGUCCUCCUCAGAAGGUUGUCCGGAGAAUGUUCACCAACAGCCGGGAGCGGUGGAGACAGCAAAACGUGAAUGGGGCCUUCUCGGAUCUUCGCAAACUCAUCCCCACUCAUCCUCCAGACAAGAAGCUCAGUAAGAAUGAGAUCUUGCGCCUGGCCAUGAAAUACAUCAACUUCCUGGUGAAACUUCUCAGUGACCAGACUAGACAGCAGCAGCCAGAUGACAAGGGCUGGCCAGCAGCCAAGAGGAAUGGGAUAUGUGGUCCCUUGGCUGGGGGAGUCGCAGUGGUGGACGCUGCAUCUCAGAACACAGGGGCAGCCUCACCUUCCGAUGCCCUUGCUGCCCCACAGAAACAGAUGGGCCUGGCGGAUAUGGCAGCAAUGGCGGUACGAAGACAACUGUCGUCCAUCACCAGCGCAACAUCACCAACGACCGGUUGCUAUGGCAACUGCAGGAGUCCUAAUACUGAAGAAGAGGAUGACCAGGAGUGUUUGAUAAAAACAGAGGCAGAGGCAGGCAAGCUGAAACUAGUCUCAGCCGUGGCUCAGAGAUGAUAACGGGUUGGCCUGAUCAGGGCAGAGGAAGAGGCAUUUCCAUUAAACUUCCAAGCCAAGCAGGUGGCCUGUUCCUAUUUGCACUGGGGUCAAAGAUCACUCCGAAUCACAUCAUUGACAUCAAGAGGACAAAUUCAAGGAUAGAUUUAAUUAACUCCUAGAGCAGUUACCUUGUUGAUGUACCUAGAGCCAAUUUAGAGCCCGAUGACUCUGUACUGAUUGCCCUAACCAUAACUCGGAUGUGUGAUGUUUCAAAGUGACCAAUGAUGAAUAAGCUGUACAUUUUGACAAUUGCAAGUCUGCUUAUUGAGGGUGACCUGAAGGACAAGUUGCCUGAAAUCCCAGCACCUGUCGUACACCAUCAACAAU